GGCAUGAGAUGAACGGUUAAGGCCGUUGCUUCGCCUUCAGCGGCGCUCGAUGUAUUUUGGACCUCCUGCUUGCUGUAGAAAAACAAACAUGGCGUCUUACGCGGACGUACACGUCCGAAUUUGUGCACACGAAAUUAUUAAAUAUGACCUAGAAAUUAAGGCGCUCGUGCAGGACAUCAGGGAUUGCCCUGGACCUCAAUCGACCCUCAUGGAGCUCAAUUCUCAGGUCAAGGAGAAGUUCAACAAGCUCAGAAUUAGAAUACAGGAUUUGGAGCAAAUGGCCAGAGAACAGGACAGAGAGACGGACAGACUGGCCAUCCAGGAAGAGACAGAAAGCCAGCGAAAGCAAAUGCUGAGUAACCAGACAGCAUGGAGGAAAGCAAACCUGGCUUGUAAACUAGCCAUAGACGUCACGGAGAAGAAUGAGCUUCUGCAUGGAGUUGAACACCAGGGCACCAGACAAAGGAAGGCGACUAAAGAAAGCCUAGCAGAAACCAGUAGCAACAUUACAGAGAGUCUGAUGUCUAUGAGCAGGAUGAUGGCUGAACAGGUGAAGCAGAGUGAGGACACUAUUGGCACACUGGCCACUUCUUCGAGGACGGUGCAGGAAACCAAUGAGGAGUUUAAAAGCAUGACAGGAACCAUUCACCUGGGGAGGAAACUGAUCCUCAAGUACAACCGGCGGGAGCUCACAGACAAGCUGCUCAUCUUCCUGGCUCUGGCCCUUUUCCUCGCCACAGUCCUUUACAUCCUUAAGAAACGUCUCUUCCCUUUCAUUUAGCUCCCCGGCUAAAAAAUUCACCCAAUUCAAGUUCUUUCACUCAGCCUUACGACAAGGACUUGGAAACAGUCCUAAGACCUGACUUUGGCAUAUAGAGCGAAGCUUCAAGUGAAAACUCUUCAUCUGGUUGAAUUUAGCACAAUAUGCAAUAUGUGAGUAAGGGGUACAUGGGUAAACUUAAAUUUGAACCUUCUGAGGUUUGCAACAACAGCGAUGGGGGUAACGCCUCAGCAUGCUUCAAACAAACGUGUGCCGAUCAACCGUCUUCCAAAGGCACGUGGUUUUAUACUCGCAAAUAGCGAAAAGCUCAAAGCCGGCUGGCUUAGCCUCAGCCCCUCGUUCCCACAUCACAUCCCAACAGAUGUUGCCUUUGAGUGACCAGGUCAUCUUGAAGAGGCGAUUUAUACAAAUUAAGAUACGGGUGCGCACUUUGAAGCAGUUCCUCCUCGAACGCCAUCACAGAUGAAAGAGUUUUGAGAGAAGUUCCAAUUCUGUAUACUUUUAUGACCUUUGCACCCACUAAGUAGACAGGGCUGAUUUAGAGAAGCACAUUGAAGCAUUCUGAGGCUUUAGCACAUCAUCCGGCAUAUGGAACCAACAAGAGUCAAAGCUGUCGUAUAAGUCAAACCUCACUUAAUUUACUCGUUGUCAAAUUAAAACUUUUGUAUGUGUUCGACACCGUGCCUUUCCUCCUUCGGACGUCUCCACAACUGAUUCUAGAAAAUGGAUUACACACCUUCUUAAAAUGUAUCUUCCAAAUUGAGUCAGAAGUAGUGAAUGUUGAACGCUUCCAGUUCUACAGAUGUACCAGUAGGUGGCAGGAUACCCAACCUUCCCCACAUCAGAGAUGCUUUAUUGUUCAGUUCUGUGACAUUUUUUUAGAGACGCCGACCCACUAACAAACUUCUUGUCAAG